AUGAAAGGAACCGAAAUUGUACCCUAUCAAAAUAAGGAAUCUACAAAUAGUGUGACAAUCAGCUUUUAAAAUUUAACAUACUAGGUUAGUGUUAAAAAUCCUUAGAAGGUUAUAGAGAACAAAUUGAUCUUGAAUAACAUAUCUGGAAUCUGUAAACCAGGUUAAGUUACUGCAAUUCUUGGAGCUUCAGGAGCAGGAAAAACAUCAUUACUCAACAUUUUAGCCAAAAGAAUAAAUCCUGGUGGGAAUGUGACUUUGUAAGGAACUAUUCAAGCAAAUGGCUAACCUUAUAAUAGUGAAAAAUUUUCUCAGUUUUCAUCUUAUGUUAUGCAAAAUGAUGUGCUUUUUGGAACUUUAACGGUGAGGGAAACUUUAGAAUUUGUAGCUAAUUUAAAAUAUGCUGAUCCUUAACUAAAAAUUGAGAAAGUAGAUUAUGCAUUAAAGACAUUGAAAUUAGAAAAAUGUCAACAUACAUUAGUAAUUACUUAUAAUAUUAUAAUAGAUUGGUAAUGCUAUGAUUAAGGGUAUAUCUGGAGGUGAGAGAAAAAGAACUUCAAUUGGAGUUGAAUUAGUAAGCGACCCAUUUUGUAUUUUGUUGGAUGAACCAACUUCAGGAUUAGAUUCAUUUACUGCUUUUGUUAUUAUGUAUAUUGAAGUAUAAAUUAUAUUAGAAAUCUGCUUCGAAAAUUGGCUCGUACAUCAGGUAGAACAAUUGUUUUUACAAUUCAUUAACCAAGUGCAGAUAUAUAUAUGUUAUUUGAUCAAGUCAUGUUAUUAGUUUAAGGGAAAUUUAUUUAUUAAGGUAGAAGAGAAGAAUUGGUUAAUUAUUUCAAAAGCAUAGGUUUUGAAUGUCCAGCACAUUCUAAUCCAUUAGAUUAUUUAAUGAGUAUUAUGCAUCAUGAGGAUGCUAGUCAUCCCCAUUAUACAACUCUGUUUUCUGGAUAUAAUUCAAAUUUUGUAUAAUAAAUUGAGAGUGAAAUAAACGCUAUUUAAGUUUAAUAGAUAUCAAGAUAAUCUAUUUAAACAUCUUUUGGAUUCUAAGUAAAGGAAAUCUUUAGAAGAGGAAUGAUUAAUGUGAAAAGAGAUAAAGUUUUAGUGAGAGGUAGAUUAGUAAUGACUAUAUUUAUUGGUCUACUUAUUGGAGGUAUUUUUUGGACAGCAGGUAGUGAACCUGGAUAUAAAGGGAUUUAAAGUACAAUAGGAGUUUUAUUCUUUUUGGUUAUGAGUAGUUUUAUGGGAGCUUUGAAUCCUGUAAUGGUCCAAUUUCCAGCUGAAAGAGAAGUUUUUUUAAGAGAAGAAAAUUCUAAAUUGUAUUCUACAGCAGCUUAUUUUACUGGAAAAAGUUCAGUAGAACUUCCAUUUUUAUUUAUAUUCCCUAUUAUUUAAUAACUAAUCUGUUAUUGGAUGGUUGAUCUAAAUUAUAAAAGCGGAGAUAUUGUAGUGAUAAACAUUAUAAUUUGUAUCUUGCUUGGUUUAAGUGGAAAUAGUUUUGGUAUAAUUUAAUUACUAUUUAUUAGGUCUUAUGACUGGAUGUAUGUUCAGUGAUCUUAAAGCAGCUGCUGGAUUUCUACCUGUAGUAUUAAUGCCAUUGGUUAUAUUUUCUGGUUUUUAUGCUAAUCAAUCUAUGUACAUGGAUUGGAUUGGAUGGAUCCAAUAUCUAAGUCCAAUGAAAUAUGCUUUUGAAGCAUUAGUAUGGAAUGAAUUUGAAACAAGAGAUGAUGAAUUCUUAGGUAAAACAAUUCAGGACACAAAUCCUAUUGAAACUUAUGAUUUAACUCUAGGUCUUUGGAAAUGUUUGGUUAUUUUAACUGCCAUCAUUUUGUUUUUCAGAUUUAUGGCUUUAAUGUUUUUAUACUUAUUAAGAGGAAAGUAACAAUGA